AUGGCGCAGUUACAUCGAAUGGUCUGUGGCGCAGAAUCGCCAAGGACUACAGAUGAAUAUAAUGCAACGGAUGUGACAGGAACAGCAGCUGGAGUUAAUAUGAUGGGUUAUGCGAUGCCAUCGCAAAUAGCAAAAGGAAUACAUAUAAGGCAGAGAUCGAGAGCGUUCAUAGUAAUCGAUCCAAGUACGGAUAAAAGGGUUGCAUUCGUUUCUGUGGAUAUUAAUAUGGGAACGACGGCCGUUAGAACCGCGACUUUAAAAAAAUUAAAAGCGACUUUUGGAAAUUUGUAUAAUGAAGAAAAUGUGGCUAUAUCGGGAACGCAUACACAUGCUGGCCCAGCUGGAUUUUUACAAUAUGCAUUGUAUCAAAUAACAUCAUUCGGAUACGUGAAGGAGAAUACGGAAGCAAUAUCAACCGGAAUAUUUAAUUCAAUAGUAAAAGCGCAUAAUUCAAUACAGCCAGGAUCCAUUUACGUAUCAAGUGGAGAAUUAUUAGAUGUGAAUGUUAAUAGAUCCCCAUUUUCUUAUGAGCACAAUCCCAAAGAAGAGAGGUCAGAAUAUAAAUAUGACGUCGAUAAAGAAAUGAUUUUAUUGAAAUUUACUAAUUCCAACGGUGACGUUAUUGGGAGUUUGAAUUGGUUUCCCGUACACCCCGUAUCGAUGAUGAAUAAUAAUUCAUUAAUAUCGGGUGAUAAUAAAGGUGCCGCAUCAUAUUUCUUGGAGAGAGAAUAUAAUGGAAAUAACACUUUGCCUGGUGAAGAGACCAUAGUACACGCAUUUUCCAAUAGCAACUUAGGGGAUUCUUCGCCAAACAUCUUCGGACCUUAUUGUGCUGAUACGGGAAAACCUUGUGAUUAUAAAACAAGUACAUGUAACGGUAAAAAGGAUAAUUGUUUCGGAAGAGGAUAUGGAUAUUUGACAGGCGAUGAUAUUUACGCAACUAAAGUUAUAGCAGAAUUACACGUUUCUAAAGCAAAAGAAUUGAUAAGAUCGGCGACAACCCCCGUCAAUGGAUCGAUUGAUUAUAAAUACACAAGAAUUGACAUGCAUAAUUAUAAAUUCACACGUAAUAAAACAGAAUUUUCAUUAUGUAAAGCAGCCAUUGGAUAUAGUAUGGUCGCGGGUACAACGGAUGGACCGGGUGGAUUUAACUUUAUACAAGGUGAUAAUAGUACCGGAAAUCCAUUUUGGAACAUGAUUAGAUGGUUUAUAAAAGAGCCCACCAAAGAGACAAUUGAAUGUCAAAAACCUAAACCGAUUGUGCUGGCUACGGGUGAAAUGACCUUACCUUAUGAUUUUACUCCUUCAAUUAUUGACAUGCAAUUACUUAAAAUUGGUAAUAUUAUAAUUUGUGUCGUACCUGGUGAAUUUACUACCAUGAGCGGCAGAAGAUUAAAAAAGACUGUCAAGAAAGUGCUUGUGGAAAAAGGAAUAAUUGAUGAUAGAGGAAUUGUAAUUAUUAGUGGUCCUUCAAAUACUUAUACUCAUUAUAUCACCACACCUGAAGAGUACACCGUGCAAAGAUAUGAAGGUGCUUCAACGAUCUACGGACCAAAUACGUUAAACGCUUAUCUUCAAAUCUAUCAGGAUUUAGCUAAUUCGUUGGCUGAUAAUAUCACUUUACCAAAAGGUCCCGCGACUCCUGAUUUUACCGAUAAAGCUAAAAGUUUGUUACUUCCUAUCAUUGUUGAUAUCCCUCCUUUAUUCAAGAAAUUUGGGGAUAUUUGGAAGGAUGUUAAAGCGAAUUAUACCAAAGGAGAAACGGUUGAAGUCGAAUUCGUUGGUGGUCACCCUAAAAAUGUCAUUCAAUUAGAAGGUAGUUUCCUUUACGUACAAAGACUUGAAGGUGAAAAAUGGAUAAACGUUAAAAAUGAUGGUGAUUGGACCACAAAGUUUAAAUGGUUAGGUCAAAGCAUUAUUAGGAUUAUUUGGGAUAUUGACAAUGGUACUAUAGAUGGAACUUAUCGUAUAUUUUAUCAAGGCUAUCAUAAAUUACUUGGCGGUAACAUUAAACCCGUAUCUGGCACCUCUUCUACUUUCACGGUAUCUUAA